AUGGCAUCCGUCGGGGCGGCCUCCGGGGUCUCGGGGGCCGCAGGAGGCCUCAGAGCCCGGCCCUUUUCCGCACGAGGUCGCCUGACCCGCGAGCCUGCUGCACGGGAACCGUCCGUCCUGGUGCAUGGCUGCAACGAACCGCCGCCGGAUGCCGGAGGAGCUGGACUUCAGGGCCCUGGCCAUUUUCGGCACUUUGCCAACACGUCGAGGGCCGUGAUUCAGGAUCCGCUUCGGCAAGGCGACCAGAUCGAGCGCGAUCUCCAGUUCUACAGCAUGCCCCGAAAGUGCACCUGCCAAGGCCGAGAGUGUGGGCCGAUGCGUACUUUGGACGUGGCGAGGAUCAACAAAGAACGCCACAACUGGCAGCGCAUCGACACUUUCCAGACACCCUAUGGCAAUGGCCAGGCAUCCUGGGAAGGAUCCCAGCAGAGGACGCGGACUAGCUCCCGCGACCGCGCCAGGGCCAUGAGCACCCAGGCGCUUGCCGGAUUAGGGCUGGAGCUGGAGGACUUACGUGCCGAAGUGCGAACCGGCCUGGCUGACGCCAAAGAGGAUCUGAGCCAGACCAUUGCCAUGGCUGUGAAUCAGAUCAUCUCCGAGCUUCGGCAAGACGUCCGAACGGCGUGUCAGGAAGCCUGCGCUCGGGAGGAUGCGCGGCAGCCACCGCCAGAAGAGCCGGUGGUGGUGUCGCCGGCUGUAGAGGCUGAGCGACCGCAAAGCCCAAUGCCGACAGCGAUACUCACAGAGCUCUGCCAACAGGUGCUCCAGGCGUGCCGGAGCAUGUGCGAGGAGGUGGAGAGGAGCGGCCGCAGCAGCCGGGAAGAGCUCGAGUCCCUAAGGGAGCUGCGCGAGGUGCCCCAGUUCAUCAGCCAGAUGUGGUCGCGCAUGGACCAGAACCACACGGAGCUGAAGCAGACACUCCGGGAGAUGGAUUUCAGCAAGCUCCUGGAGUUCACGCAGGACUGCCGAACGCAGAUGGCCUCCGAUUCAAGGGCGCUCCAGGACAUGCUCGAGGCCACGAGACUCUCGAUGGCUGAGGCGGCAGAGGCGUCUCAGAAGGUAACAGCGGUGGACCCGGCACCCAUUUUGGAGCCGAUGCAACAGUUGGUGGACGCCGUGGACUCGCGAAGCGCCCGCGUCCUCGAGGAGAUUCAGAAGGGUCAGCGCAGCGAGGUGGAGCCUCUGGAAAAGGCCUAG